AUGCUGGACUCUUUCGAGGAAGAGGAAUUUUUGCGGGAAGCUCGGCCAUUUAAAGCAGAACAUGACUCAGCAGGGUGGCCCGAGCUCGCUCAGGUUCAUCGAGAAAAAAAUUCCUCCACUAUCGCCGUCAAGCCAAAACGAAGCACCAAUACCGCCAAAAUGCAUCUUAUGUACACUCUCGACACCGAAGGCAAGCGUGUCUACACGCUCAAGAAGGUCCUCAACGGUGAGGUUACCAAGUCUGCCCACCCCGCCCGUUUCUCUCCCGAUGACAAGUACUCUCGUCACCGUGUCACCCUGAAGAAGCGCUACGGUCUUCUCCUCACCCAGCAGUCCGCUGCCAACCCUGCCCAGGCUUAG